AUGUCAAAUUUACAAACUAACAAAAAUUCAGUCUUAGAAUCAGCGAUAAACUAGAUUGGUCAAGAAUAAUCUGAAAUAUUUGUUGAGAAUCUCAAAUUCCAUCUAUGUGCUGAGGAAUAGUAUGAAAAAGUAGAAUAAUCACUUAAUGUGAAAGAGCAAAAGAUUAUAUAAAUUCCAAUUAAUAAAAACUCAAUUUUGUAUUCUGGAUUACAUUCUCACUGCUAUGUGAAGCUAGAUAGUAAUUACACCCCAAUAUCUUACAAUGAAAGAUAGAAGUACAAGUCUAUCAUGACAUUUCAAGAUGUUGAUUAGGUUAAAAAAUUCUAUAAAAGUGUUUAGCACUUUGAAUCUGAACUAUUCGAGGAACCUUACCUUCUAUUUAAUGAAAUCUCUAUUCAGCUGUGCUAUUAGAAUAUCAAGAGAUGCAAACCAAAAAACCCUAAGGAAAGGAAAAAAUAUUGCAGCCUUUACCUUUAGAAAUUUCAGAUUGAUGAAAAGAUAGAUCCAAAAAUCAUGAAUGACUGCUUUGAGUAGUUUCGCCCGAUAGAAUUCAAUGAGGAAGUCUAUGCUAGAUAGAACUAAAUUGAUAAAAUGACAAUACUUGAGUAUUUUAAUGUUUACUUGCACUAAUCUUUCUGCCCUGUUUGCCUUAUUUUUAUGUGUCCUCGCCAUCUUGAUGGGUCUAAUGAACGAAAUCCUUGGAUUUUUCAAAGGAUAAGACAAUUACCUUAAGUUUAAGGAUUUGAUCUGGAAAAUUUGAAGCAAGAGAAAAAUAACUAUUACUUGAAUGACUGGAUCUUUAAAAUGGAGGGAAACUGUGAUUAGAUGGUUAAAGUAAACAAUCUCAGAUGUGAUAGCUUUGACAGUGCCUAGUGUCACUAUCAGUAAAAUCAUGUUAAGAUUGAAAAGAAAGAGCAAAUAAGGAAUAUUCCAAUAAUACUUAAAAACAAUAUAACUCUAAUUAUUAAGCAGUUCUAAACUGUUAAUCCCUGCUUUAUAGUCAAACUAUUCAAUAGUUAUGGAUAAAGGAAUCUUAAAUGCCUUCAAAUCUGUUUGAUUGUAGAAUUCAUAGUUCAAGAAAAGUUAAAAGAGGGAGAGACUUUGAUAAUGCCUCCUAUUGUAAUAAGUCACCAUGACUUGACUAAAUUUCAUGAAACUUCGUACUUUGAAAAUUAUCUCAAGAAAAAUUAGCAUGCAUACUUUGACUCUGAAGGAAUACCAUUUCACUAUGUACCCUGUGAUCAUGAGGGUCCAUGCAACUAGAAUUGUCAAUGUGUCUAGAAAAAUCUCCUCUGCGACUCAUAUUGCUCUUGCAAGUAUUUUUGUUUGAAUGCCUUCCCUGGAUGUAAUUGCAAAUCUGAAAAUGACUGUUAAAACAAGGCAAAGUGCCUCUGUCUAAAAAACAAUAGGGAAUGUGACCCAAAUAAAUGCAGAAGCUGCAAAUCGUAUAUUAAUCAAAACAUACCAAAGAAAGCAGAUGGUAGCAAUGUUAGUAGCUCAGACAAAGUAUUAUGCAAAAAUGUACAUUUAGGGUAAAAACUCCCACUAAAAAAGGUCUUUACUGCUAAGUCUACAUUAUGUGAUGAAAUCGUUGGUCUUUUUGCUGGGGAAAAAAUAAAAAAGGAAAAAAUUAUAAUGGAGUAUACCGGAAAAGCACUUAUAUAAGAUGGACCUAAGGAGUAAAUGGAUUAGCUUAUAAAUGAUUUUCGUGGAAGAUCAUAUGGAUUCACUCUAGAUAAAAGUAUUACUUUAGACGCUGUAUAUAUUGGCAACUUGAUGAGAUUUGUGAACCACUCACAUGAUAAGCUAGCUAAUUGCUAUGUAAAAAUGGUAUUCUCUCAAGGUCAGUAAAGAGUUUGCCUUAUUUCAAGAAGAUAAAUAGAAACUGGGGAAGAAUUAUUCUUUGAUUACUAAUUUAAAUAAGACUUUGAUUGGCUCUCAGAUUAUAGGCAAAGAUACACUGAUUGUUUAUGA